UGUAAAGUAGUAACCUAUAAUCGAUACAGUGGGUCGGAGUAAAGGAAGUGACUUUUAUUCAACGUCAUGAGUUGUAUAGUUAUAAUAAGGUUAAGGCUGACACGCAGAAGUCAGACCCGGUUUACACAGUGCAGUACAGUACACGCAGAGAGCAACCGCACCGCUGCCAAGAGGCUCCGAGGGAGAACAGCGCAAAACUCUCUGAAAACACCCAAACAUCCAGAGAGCGGUGCAUUUUAUUUGGGGGGUGGGGUGGGGGGGUUUCAAGAAGAUGACUCUGAACACACAGAGAGACAGGAAGGAGACACUACGGAGAAGGGCCAGUACCCCGCUCCCUGCUUCACACCAAGCCGGACCCGGAGACCCACACCACCCCUCACUCGGGCUUUCCGCCUCCUAUCACCCAGGGGACAAAACAAUCCAGAGUCGGGCCAGCUGGUCAUCCGAUUCCGAGGAUUCUGACAGCUCCGGAGCGGACUCUUUAUACCGGGUUGUCUUGCUGGGGGACCCCGGAGUAGGGAAGUCGAGCCUGGCUAAUAUCUACGCAGGGACACAGGAGAAGGAUGCUGCUAAUGAACAGCGUGGAGAGGAGUCCUAUGAAAGAACGCUAACAGUAGACGGGGAGGAGAUGACUCUGAUUGUGAUGGACACGUGGGAAACUGAAAAACAGGAGCAGGCUGAGAAUUGGGUUCAGGAUUACUGCAUGCAGGUGGGCAAUGCGUACGUUAUCGUGUACUCCAUCACAGACCGGGCGAGCUUCGAGAGUGCGUCCGAACUGAGGAUCCAACUGCGCAGGGCGAGGCAAGCCGAAAACAUCCCCAUCAUACUGGUGGGGAAUAAAAGUGACCUGGUCCGCUGCCGAGAGGUGUCUGUGGAAGAGGGCCGGGGCUGCGCUGUGGUGUUCGACUGCAAGUUCAUCGAGACUUCGGCGGCGCUACAUCACAACGUGCAGGAGCUGUUCGAGGGCAUCGUGAGGCAGAUCCGGCUGCGUAGGGACAGCAAGGAGACCAACGAGCGCAGGAUGUCUGUCUACAAGCGCAAGGAGAGCGUCACCAAGAAAGCGCGCAGGUUGCUCGACAGACUGGUAGCCAAAAACAACAAGAAGAUGGCCUUGAAGGUGCGCUCCAAGUCUUGCCAUGACUUGUCCGUUCUUUAAAAACACAGCGACCCUCUGACUACGUGAGCGAUACAGACACGCCGCUGCUCAGUUUCACGGGCUUUUUCUAUUUUUCCAGGAGCAAGCAAUAUUUGGUAGCCUUACGGUUUGGAGGUAAAGAGAACUUUUCUUGAUUUUUUUAAAAAAAAAAUUUAAAACUUUUGUAUUUUUUGGACUCGUUAAAAGCCAUUCCCGUGUGUCUCUGUUGUGAUCCAGCAGUUUUGUUUCACAUCUAAAGCUGGAGUCUCAAUCAGAUCAAGGAAAGACAUCCAAAGCCUGACCUAUGCACAAAUGUCACAAAAAAAAGAAAAUUGCCUUGUCAGGUCAGUGAUUUUGGAUUAGCAGAGACCAGCUCCACAGUUUACCCGAACUGAGACAGACAAGUAUUUUACUGUGAGUGUGAUAGAUUUUUUUUCUUUUCACUUCUAGAAUUACGGGACUGGAAAACUAGAAGCCGCUAAAUAGUUUCUGAUCGUUUUUCAUCUGUCUUUUCUCUCAAAGGAGAAAACUUUAGAAAAAUUCGCAUGUUAUAGCACAUAUAGCUCAUAGUGCUGAUCAUCCACAUGCAAACGCUGUAUGAUGUGUUGGCCGCUGCUGCUAAUAGCAUCCAUUCUCCUUCACUGUGCUCAGUCUUCACAAACCUUGCUCUACAAACUUGGGUGUUUGUAUUUGAAUAAAUGAGACACGACCCUGCAAGCAGGCUACUGCACAGUGUUCGCUGUCAUGCAUAUGCAUAUAGCUUAAUGGGGAGGGGGCUAUUAUCAAAAGUGCUAACUGAGUUUAAUAGUAACUAUGCAGAAUAGCCUGUGUGCUCCACCCUCGCCCAUCAGACAGCAUGUUAGUCCCUCACUCCUGACUUACCAUUCCCAGCAGCUGCAUACUGCCCCAUUAUAAUCUUCUCUUAGUUUCUUGUGUCACUGUCUUAAAAGCAAUGCACACGGUUCUGUAACAUCCUCAGUGCAGCACACUUGUGUGUGUGUGUGGCUGUGUGACUGAUGGCCAGCUGAUAAAUGUCAGCUUUAUUUGCAGAGCUUGGGCACAACUGAGAUUCUGCUCCCCCGAUGGCUAGCCUGUAUGCAGUCCUUCACUUUCACUGUGGCAGCCUGUGAAAGCAAUACAAUGUGUACAAAUGAAAGACAAUUUGUGGAGCUACUACACAUUUUGUAAAUAGAUGCUUUUUUUUUUUUUUAUAAUAAAAACUAUUAGUGGCACUUU